GCAAAACCCACAAAAAAAUUCAAACAAAACAAACAAAACCCAUAUACCAAAAUGUUGAAAUUCGUACUUAUUGCAACGUGCCUUGUGUUGGCGUCGAGCGUGAGCGCUCAAGAACUGAAAGUCGAUGUCGUCAGUACGCCGGAGGUGUGCGACCAAAAGUCGAAAAGUGGUGAUAUGCUGACAAUGCACUACACGGGCACGCUGACGGACGGCAAGAAAUUCGAUUCGAGCUUCGAUCGCGAUCAACCCUUCACAUUCCAAAUUGGUGCUGGCCAAGUGAUAAAGGGCUGGGAUCAAGGCUUAUUGGACAUGUGUGUCGGUGAAAAACGUAAAUUGGUCAUCCCACCCGAGUUGGGUUAUGGUGAUCGUGGUGCUGGCAAUGUUAUUCCACCAAAGGCUACACUUCUAUUCGACGUUGAAUUGAUCAAUAUUGGAAAUACGCCACCACCAACAAAUGUUUUCAAGGAAAUCGAUGAGAACGCCGACAAACAACUGAGCCGUGAUGAGGUAAACGUUUAUGUCAGCGAAUACCUUAAAAAACAAAUGACUGCCGUCGAGGGUCAAGACUCCGAGGAAUUGAAGAAUAUGCUCAAGGAGAACGACAAACUUGUCGAGGAGAUCUUCCAACACGAGGACAAAGAUAAGAACGGUUUCAUCUCGCACGACGAGUUCUCCGGUCCCAAGCACGACGAACUCUAAGUCAAAGGCGGCUGAGUGGGUGUUGGCAGAGCUGCCAAAUUGCAAUAAGAAUAGUUAUGCUAAAGGGGUAGCUGAAGCGAGCCAAUCUCACUUCAACGCACACUCAUACAAUCGCACACACACAAACACACAAAGUCACACAUGUACACUAUACAUACAUAUAUACAUAGAUAUGUGAAUUCAUUAUUUGAAUUUUGUCCAAAAAAAAAAAAUCAAUAAUUUGUAGGCAAAUGAAGACAGAGUUGCCUCGUAUUUUUACAUGCAUAAAUUGUGUAUCAAAAGAAGACGAAUGAUUAAAACUAUUAAAUGAAAAAAGUGCGAAAUUUUGUAAAUUUUUAAAUUUUGUAACAGUUUACUUUGCACCAUGUUUUGUUUAACAAUCCGUUUUUUUCAUCCUCACUCAAUUACUCGUAUGACAGAAAAAUUGUUGUUGAAUGCAAAGAGUGUGAACUUCUAUUUAGCAACAUACUAGGGCUGCGACUAUCCGUGUAUUCGGAUACCCGUAUACUCCGACAUUCAUUUAAACGGAUAAAAUCCGGUUAUCGGGUUAAUAUUCAUUCUAUUUGGUUAUGCAGUUAAUAUCCGUUAAUUUUGCUAUUCCUAUAAUCGGUUAAUAUCCGUUAAUUUUGUUAUCCGAAUAUCCGGUUCUUAUCCGAUUAGAAUUAUCCGGACAUAACUCCCAGCCCUACUACAUAAAGAAUCUUUCAUUUAUUUUUUUUUUUUGUCAUUCGCUGUUCAUAGUCAAGAAGGCGCUUAGCAUUUUAAUUUAAUAAAUUUGUGUAUUUACGUUUCCAUUUUUUUUUAAUUUUUUUUGAUAUUCUCUCGCAUGUAUGCAAACUUAAAUAUAUUGUUAAAUUUAACUUUUUAUUGUACAUACAUACAUACUUAUGUACGAAAAUGCUUGUGACGGUAAUUUAGUUGUAUGUAUAAUGUAAGCAAUUUUUUAUAGCAAGUAUUGUAUUAGAUACAAUAAAGAGAGAAAUAAAGUGAGUUUACAAAAAAAAAGAGUUCCUUUACAAAGAUAAUGGCGUGGGGAAUCAGUCAUCGACAGAAUAGCUUUUAUUUGGUAAUAAAGUUUACUUCUUUUAUCUCAA